GGCACUACCGCGGGGCCUGACGACACUGGCAGGGCCAGACGUCAGGAGGACACGUGCCCCCGGGCAGAGAGAAGAGGAGCCCAGAGCCUCCGACAGCUGAGACAAAGACCUGCAAGCAGGCUGGCGCUCCGAUUGGUGGGGUGGACAGGCUGCUGAGUCCUGAUUGGUGAGCCGCUGCCGACGCUGAUUGGCCGAGCGAUCACGGCCUACCCGGUUCUAGCACGCGCCUGUGCGGCUGGCUGGCCGGCGCCGUUUAGAGGUCUGAAUCUCUGUGAUCAGGGAAGUGGUCAGAGGCAGAUAUAAAUUUCAGAGGAGCCAGAGCCUGAGAGGCAGAACUUCCUGGAGCUAGAACCUGGCAAAGGCAGCACAGCAGAGAAGCUGAGAAACCCAGCCUUGGAAGGAAAUGAAGAAGAGGAGGGAGCCUGUCAGUGAAGGAGCGGAGAGUGCAUGGACACUGUCCAGGGGCCUGCAGGACCUUCUGACCUGCCCCGCCUGUGGAGGCUUCUUCAGUGACCCUGUAACAGAGCAUUCUGGUGACACCUUCUGCCGGGAUUGCCUUCCUCAGAAAUCCCAGCCUGCGUACCUCCAUACCAACUGGAAGAUGCAGAACCUGGUACGGCUGGCCAAGCAGCUCCUUGAGGAGCCCCAGGCCACUCUAGAGGGAUGGUGUGCCAAGCACCAGGAAAACUGGAGCUUUUUCUGUAGAGAAGACAAUGAGAAAAUCUGCCUAGUGUGCCACUACUCCAUCCUUCACCAGGGCCACACCCUGACCCAGCUGCAAGAUCUAGACACAAAACAAGAGGGUGCUUCUGAAGAAGAGGGCGAGACGGCCUCCAGAUCUCUGAACCACUGAAUUCUCUUCCCCGGGUCUUUCCAUGGGGUAGAACACUGGGCCCAAAAGAACUCUGCCGUUACCUUCACCCGCACCCCCUCUGGAAUCCUCCUGGAAACUCAGAGUCGGUUAAUCACGGACACGUCUUUAAGGAAGGGAGCGUGCAGGAUGGAAGAAAUUUCAAGUUGAAGCCUGAGAGAAAUUGCCAUUUUACUAUUCUGAGGGUACCCCAAGAUUAACAUGUCUGUUUUCUGUGCGUUUCCUUACCAGGAAGGUGCACUGGACACAGACCAGAGUAGGAGCUGCAGGAAGCCCAGUCUUGCUCACUGUCCCCAGCUGACCUCGUUAAGCCGUGCACCCCAGGCCGGCCUGAACCCUCCAACAGAACGUCCUGCUUCUGUGCCUCACUUGUUCCUGGGAAGACUGGCCCUUCUGUUUCCUGACGCCUCCCCAGUCCUCCCCUUUGUGCUUGUCGAGCAGAAAUCUCCCCAGCUUGUCCUGGGUGGUGGGCUCCUUUCUACUGUGUAAUGCGGUGCCUCGGGACUAGGGUCUCCUUUUCCUCCUAAUACAACUUUUCUGCUUUCAGUCCGGCUUGGACUCUUCUUCAUUUAGAAGGGUGCACUUUGUUCCACUGCCCUGUUGACACUGUUAUAUUAAUAAGCAAUUAUUAAUUUAGGAUCCAGGCUUUUGCUCCUUGGCUUCCCAUUUCAGGCCCAACCCCUGUAAAAAGUCAAUCUCUGAAGGACAGGAUUUAGAUCUCCUAGCCCUCAAGGUACAUGGGCAUUAAUGCUGGGCAAGACGCCACCCAGGGAGGAGACCUUACUCAUGUUUAGACUAUAAAUAGAAUCCAGGCUGGGCACGUUUUUGCCUGAAGAAGAACAGCCCCUGUCCUUGUACCCCUACAUUAGAAUUUAGGGUGACUCAGCUCAUGAAAGAGAAAACCAAUCUGAGUGGUCUGGAUAGAGGUGGCUGAGUCUCAUGGUCAAGCCAAGUUCUCAGCAGGAGGAGCUGAAGCCUAGUCUAGCCCAGCUCCCCAUUAAAUGUCCACCAAUCAGGGUUGAGUUUCAUUUGUGAAGGGAAUUCCCUUUCCUGGAUUACUUACACACCUUUCAAGCUCUCCAUGUUUUCUCUUUGGUUGUGGAGAGAAACCACUGAUCAGUUUAUGAGCAGAUAUCCUAAUAAGUUGAUUAUUUAAUACCAAGAACUGUCUGUGUGGGUUUUUCACUCCUGACAGGGUUCUUAGCAGCCUAGACUGUGAUGCUGAUUCAGCCUGAAACCUAGUGGUCCUUCUUGUUUGUAGCGUGAAGAAUUUUUACCUUGUAGUCACCUAAUAAAGUAUACUCUUCUCUUGUCUGCUG